AAUAAAAGGAAAUAAAGCAGAGGUUCCGUGUUUCGGAUAUUUGUCUGCAAGAAAGACGCUGAAUGAAUUGUGGAGCUGAGGGGAGAGAUUGAGUCAGCGCCGUCUUCCGGUCUCCGCCUUCUGCUUCUACCUCUUCUCACCGUGUUAUUUGGGAAGAUAGAUAGCAACAAACAUGGAGAUGGACACAGACAAGGGAAAGGAUGAGAUUCCGAUGCUGUCCGCGGAGGCAGACAGGGCCUUCACUUGGAGGCAACGCAGUGCCUCCCUCUCCAAUCCCCCCGUUGCGGUUGAAGCCAACGUAAGGUUAGGGUUUACGGGUCCUCUCCGAACCCAGAGACGCACCACCAUCAUCCAGAUGAGUCAGAGUGGGCCCCUCUCUUCAGACCCCCAACCUCAGCCUUCUCCUUCUCUCACCCACCUCAACCACAGCUCCUCCUCUGUCUCCAGCUACAAGAACUCUCAUCUCUUGAGGUCUGGCCAGCUCGGCUUGUGUAAUGACCCUUACUGCACUGUCUGCCCCUCCUACUACACUCGCAAACCCCCUCACCUUCAGUCUUCCAGGGUCUCCGCUCUCUUCGAUUCUACGUUCCAUCAUGCUCUCUAUGAUGACGCUAAAGGUUGGGCCACACGGCUUCUCUCCUCCCUUCAUCGGCGUAUUCCCGGAGUCAUGAAUCCUCAUGCCAGAAUCGUUCAACGCUGGACUAAAUUUUUUGCCGUCUCCUGUCUGUUGGCUAUUUUUGUAGACCCCCUCUUCUUCUUCCUGCUCUUGGUCCAACAGGACAACAAAUGCAUUGUAAUCGAUUGGCCCACAACUAGAGCCUUCGUCAGUGUUAGGAGUAUAACGGAUUUCAUAUACUUUCUCCACAUCCUUCUUCAGUUUCGCUUGGCCUAUGUAGCUCCUGAGACCAGAGUAGUGGGAGCGGGGGAGUUAGUUGAUCAUCCCAAAAAGAUUGCUCGCCAUUACUUACGAGGAAAGUUUUUCCUCGAUCUGUUUGUAACGUUACCGCUUCCGCAGAUAUUGAUACUGUGGGCAAUACCAAAGCACCUAGGCAUGUCUGGAGCAAACGAUGCAAAAAAUCUUCUACGCGCUGCGGUCCUUGUUCAGUACAUUCCAAAGUUGUAUAGAUUUUUGCCUCUGAUUGCCGGACAAACGCCAACCGGCUUCAUAUUUGAGUCGGCAUGGGCUAAUUUUGUUAUCAAUCUUCUUACCUUCAUGUUAGCUGGACAUGUCGUUGGUUCGUGCUGGUAUCUUUUUGGACUGCAGAGGGUUAACCAAUGCCUCCGGGACGCUUGCCGGAGUCCUGAACGGGAUUGUAAAACUCUAAUAGAUUGUGGACAUGGAAACAGCAGUGAAACGACUUCAGCGAGAGCUUUGUGGAGAAAUGAUUCAAAUGCCGUUGCUUGUUUCCAAGAAGAUGGUUUUUCUUAUGGUAUCUAUUUAAAGGUCGUCAAUCUUACCAGUGAGACUAGUCUCUCCAAACGAUACAUUUACUCGUUGUUUUGGGGUUUUCAGCAAAUCAGCACACUUGCUGGAAACCAAGUUCCAAGUUACUUUGUGUGGGAGGUCCUCUUUACCAUGGGAAUCAUUGGAUUGGGACUUUUGCUUUUCGCUCUUCUAAUUGGUAAUAUGCAAAACUUCCUUCAAGCUCUCGGUCGAAGGAGGUUGGAAAUGACACUAAGACGACGUGAUGUGGAGCAAUGGAUGAGUCAUAGACGGUUGCCAGAAGAUUUAAGAAAGAGGGUGCGAGAGGCUGAGCGGUUCAACUGGGCUGCUACCAGAGGAGUCAAAGAAGAAAUACUCUUUGAGAAUUUGCCAGAAGACCUCCAGAGAGAUAUAAGACGACACCUCUUCAAGUUUCUCCAGAAGGUGCGAAUCUUUUCCUUGAUGGGCGAAUCUAUCUUAGAUGCAAUACGUCAGAGGCUGAGACAAAGGACAUACAUUAGGGGCAGCAAUGUAUUGCACCGUGGAGGUCUAGUUGAGAAGAUGGUUUUUAUAGUGCGUGGGGAGAUGGAGAGCAUCGGAGAAGAUGGAUCCAUCCUGCCUCUAUCAGAGGGGGAUGUUUGCGGCGAGGAGCUCCUAACCUGGUGCCUGGAACGCUCUGCUGUAAAUACUGAGGGAACGAGGAUAAAGAUACCGUCUAAGGGCUUGCUUAGCAGCAGAAGCGUUACAUGUGUGACGAACGUGGAGGCAUUUUCACUGAGCGUGGCCGACCUAGAAGACGUGACGAGCCAAUUCUCGAGAUUCCUGAGGAACCCCCGCGUCAAGGGAGCCAUCAGGUACGAGUCGCCGUACUGGAGGCUACGAGCAGCUAUGCAGAUUCAAGUGGCAUGGAGAUACAGAAAGAGAAGACUUGGGCGGAUAGACACAAACACUGCCAGUUGCAGGUACUGAACUGCACGCAGGCCCCGCUUGUCAGCCUCUUACUUAUAUAUAAACCUUGCAAGAUGGAUCGCCUAAAUGUUACACAUCGUUCAAUCUCCAUCGUCAUUUCUAUAAGAAAUUUACAAUACAAAGACCAUGGUGAUUGAUGUUUAACCAUGCAAGGCUAGAGUCAUGGAUAUGUUUUCUAUUUCGUUCUCAGAUAUAGCAAUGCUCUCCUA